AUUAAGUUGCCAUCGCCCAUCAGAUUCCGUCAUCCGAUGAGUCAGUCAGAAUUAACACAAACGAGCUACUUCUAUUUGCUUGUGUUUGGGGGCUGCAACCCCAUAUUCUUGCACUGAAUUUGAAAACACCUCAACUUUAUCUAAUGUUUGUCAUCAAUUGACCACAGGUCAUCUCUCCCAACACCCUGAAGCCCAGCGUCCUCUGUCAUACACUGUAAUCCGAAGCCAAGCUCAUGGCACUGCUCAUCAUCGGCUACACAACAAAUGACUCCAAUGUAAGCGGAACAGCACGCCUGUCAAGCAUUCGAAUCCUUCAGCGACAAACCCGCGGCACAACGCUCAUUGUCCGGAGCCUACAUGCAGCCAGGGCUAUAUGCAUACAUGCCUGGGUAUGUAGAGCAGAAGGUAUACUCGUAGGAGGACCUAGCAAGGGAUCAAAGACGCAGCUCACCAAGAACCAUGUUAAAGAAAAAGAGGCCAAGCGGGUGGUCCGUGUAAGAAUAUCGCAUGGUAUUUCACAUCUCACACUUCGCCUUCCUGGCACCUUUUACUGGAAAGAGAAACCUCCUCGUGCCUAAAUAGGCCCCCUUUCUCCUCCACUAUUCCACUUUGCCUCAGAGCCGAGGAGUUGGGGCUCUUGAUCCUUUUCUCGCCCAAUUUUCUUGAGUUUCAUCUUGGUCCUGGUCAGCUUCCAAAAGAGCAAGCGGCAGCGACAUCUUGUUCGCUGACCUGGGCCUCCUUGCUUCAACAUGACUCAGCUCGACGUUCCAUUCCCGCCUAUCAUAUUGAUUCAAAGCCUGGCCAUGUCAAUCGCUAACCUCUUGUGGCAGUCCGUAGACUUCUGCUCCCCCAUACCUCGUCUCCCGUCUCCCUUUCCCGAGAAGGCUGGGAAUGACAGUCGGUGUGGGAAAACAGCUGAGCCUGAAUGGUGACAGAUUAUCCGACAUGGCAAGCAGAGGCCAAGCUUUGAUACCCCUGGCCUCACAUACCACUGAUCUGUCAGACCUAGACAACUUCGCCCCUAUACCACCUUACUUCCGCGGGCAGAUUUAAACAUUGCUAUGGCAAAUUAUGGGUCCUUUCGUUUAGAGAAUCUUGCUCUGGGGAGAGGGUGUAGCGCGUCCCUUUGCCUAGGAAAUGUCCCAGUCAGCUCAAGUCUGGUCCGCCUCGCCAGAUCCGCCUAUAUAAGGUCGUGGAUUGCGGCUGGAAGGGGGGCAGUCGUGCUCUUCUUGAACAGAAACACAACCAAAGAACAGACCUAUCCCUUCUAGACUAACCUUCACAUCUUCCAAGAUAAUCACAUACACCUCCACCGGCAAGAUGGGCUCUUCGAUGCCAGAGAGAUUCGACUUCGUUGUCGUCGGCGCCGGCGCCGCAGGGGCGGUCCUCGCAGCUCGCCUCGCAAGCAGCAAACAACAUCCUUCGGUCCUUCUCGUGGAGGCUGGAGGCAAAAAUGACUCCAAGGAGGUCCGUGUCGACGCGGAAAAAUGGCUGCAUCGAAUGAUCCCUUCGCAGAAUUGGGGUUACAAGACUUCGCCGGUCAAAGGCUUCGACGGGAACAUCAUCGACUACGAUCGUGGCAAAGGGCUUGGAGGAAGUACCGCCAUCAACUUCUCCGUUUGGACCAUUGGCCCGAAGGACGACCACGAUGAGAUCGCACGCCUCGUAGGCGAUGAAGAAUGGAGCUGGAACAAUGCCCAGAAAAGGUACAAACGACUUGAAUCUUAUUACGCAACCAGACCAAAUGUACCAGGUGAUGCCAAGCGGUACCUUGACCCUAAUCCAAAAGACCAUGGGUACGAUGGUCCCAUCAAGGUCGGCUUUCCUCAGGUCUGGGAGCCUUCUUGUACCGAGCUGAUGGACAUCUGGUAUGCCAAUGGUGCGAAACCCAAUCCAGACCACAAUUCCGGAGAUCCCAUCGGCCUUGCUGCAUGCGUUUCAACUGCGUACAAAGGAGUUAGAUCGACAGCCGCAGAUGCUUUGGUUGGAGCACCCAGUAACUUGCACAUUUUGGUCGAUACCGAAGUAGCUCAAGUGACUUUCGAUGGCACCAAGGCGACCGGUAUCAAAACCACCGGAGGCAAGGUUAUACAAGCCGAUAAAGAAGUCAUCCUGGCGUGUGGCGCUCUCGACACUCCAAGGAUACUUAUGCAUUCCGGCAUAGGCCCUGUUGACGAACUCAGCAGCUUCAACAUUCCUGUUAUCAAAGGAAACGAAAACGUUGGCAGGCACCUCAAGGAUCAUCACCAUAUCAUGAUCCCGGCUCUCCGAGCAGACCAUACGAGUGAAAGAACUCGAUUCUACAAAAGCCAGGAGCUUCAAGCGGCAGCUCGAGCGGCAUGGGAGAAAGACGGUAGCGGCCCAUUGUCGGAGUACGCCUGUGCCAUGGGCGUCGCAUAUCUGAAGCUGGAAUCAUUGUAUGACAGCCCGGAGUUCCAAGCUCUUCCCAAAAAAGACCAAGAUCACCUGCGAAAGCCGACAGUUCCUCACUACGAAGUACUUCUCAAUGGGCCAUGGCUUCCGAAUUUCCUCGACCCACAAAACGCGCAGGCUGGAACAAAAGUAUUUUUGUUCAUCCUCAAUCAGCAAUCGACGGGAGCCGUGAGACUCCAAUCAUCUGAUCCCAAGCAGCCACUUGUCUUCGACCCCAACUUCUUUUCCCACCCUUUUGACAAAAGAGUGGCGGUGGAGGCUACCCGAGACGUCCUCAAGGUCAUGAAGAGUCCCGAGUUCCAGAAAGAUACUCUGGCUAUUGAUGGCCCCAAGAGUGAGUCGGAGGAUGACAUCCUAGCAUUCUGGCGAGCGGGCAGCGGUUCGACGUGGCACAUGAUGGGGACUGCCAGGAUGGGCAAGGACGAAGCUACCGGCGUUGUGGACAACAACUUCAAGGUGUUUGGGGUGGAGAAUCUCAGAGUGGCUGAUAUGAGUGUCAUCCCCAUCGUCGCCAACAACCACACUCAAUCGACGGCGUACCUCGCUGGGCUGACUGCGGCCGACAAGCUAGCUCAAGAAUAUGGGCUUGACGGCUAAUCGGCCCUUGGAUCAACACCCCCAACGGAGCACGAGGUACUCGGUACAUAUGUUGCUGUUUGAAGAUUUAGCGAGCGGGAAUUGCUUGGGAAUUGGCACCGGUAUUUUAGCAGAAGAGAUGGAUGACAGUGACUGGGUAGGGCUUAUAUGAAUUUGAGACAAGACCCGUCUGGUGCCGUACUCGUAUGAUGUGACACAGCUCGGCCACUGUACCUUUGCGCAUCCUGACCCUACCUAACGAACCUAUGAAGGAAACCCAACAUGGAAAGACGCCUAGUCAGAGUUUAAUCCUUACUCUGUACGGAGAUCCAACGCGCCGAAAAUAG